CCAACUGGGCAGAGGGAUCCUCCUCCCAUCAUCACUGGUGGCUGGACAAAGUGUGUGCUCUGAUUCUGUCUGGGAGGAAUCACUGCCUACUCACAGGAGAAGAGCCAGGGAUGCUCGAAAAUUGCUGCAGUGUCCUUUUGCUUGCAGAGAGUUCAAAGUGCCACGAUGGAAGUGAAUUCUUACUGUGUCUAAGCUGUAUGGCUGAGAUGCUCUCUGGUGGUCCUCAAAGUCUGUUUCUCUUUCCCAUCAAACAGGCUUGCUUCAUGCAUCAUUCCAAAGAUAAUAUCUGCAAAUCACAGACUGAUCCCACUUUUUUUUCUUUGUCUCCCAAGAGCUUGGUGAUCUUCCAGAGCCAGCACAGCUGCAGAGAGGGUCAACUGUCUGCAGUGAUCCCUGAUGUUGUGCUAGACAGAAUGGGUGCCACAGGUUGAGUGCAAACAGCUCUGGCUCUGUGUAGAGCUAGCAAGGAGGAAUAAACACCUUCAAGGCUUGAGCUGCAGAUCGUCCACUGCAAUGAGAUGACUCCUUCCACUGAAGGUAGCUCAUCUCUCCUUCAGCAUAAAUGGAGAGCAGAUGCCUGCCCCAUGCUAGAUAUCUACAACACAACCAUCAUUAAAUGAAGCUGCCUUGAAGGAUCCAAAGCACCACAGGAGUAUUUAAUUGUGCCUGUGCAUCUUCAGUGGACUUGAUGAUCUCUGGAAGUCCCAUCCAUCCUCUGAUACUCUGUGAUUCUGUGAAUGGUUGGCCCAGCAUUCUCACUGCCUUUCACAUGUGUCCUGGAAUGGGUCUUGGCCUCUGUAGUUUUCUUAGGGGGACCUGGGACCCCUCAAACUAUGACACCGUGGCUGAUAUGAAGACCAUGAGCAAAGGAGGGGAAACCAAAUGGUCACUACUGUACCCAUGGUGAUUCCUGACCAGCCUAAGGUGUCUGCUUAAAGAUGUGAUGAAUUACAUGCUGGAGGUCUGUGUGAGAUCACUGGUGAUGAGUAACUCCACUGCAUCGAUCUUCCUCCCGACGGCAAGCAGCCAGGCGCAUGGGACUAACCACAGCGGGGCUGCGGGAAAGGCAGAGCCAUCCUAUGCUGUCCUCAAGUUCAUGGAGAGCUUCUGCCUCAUCAGCGCCGCCUGCGGGAUGGUAGGGAACGGCAUGGUGCUGUGGUACCUCGGCUUCCGCAUCCGCAGGAACCACUUCACCGUCUACAUCCUCAACCUGGCCGCCGCCGACUUCGGCUACCUGCUCUGCAUCGCCAUCGAGACGGUGCAGUACCUGAUGCAGUUCAACGUGGGGGUGCAGUUUGGGAUCUUCCUCUUCCUGGAUCUGUUCAUGUACGGGACGGGCUUGUACCUCCUGACAGCCAUCAGCAUCGAGAGGUGCCUCUCCGUCCUCUGUCCCAUCUGGUGCCGAAGCCACCGCCCUCGGUACUUGUCUGGCAUCAUCUCUGGCCUGCUCUGGAGCCUCUCCUUGCUGCUGAAUGCACUCGGGUAUAUGCUGUGCACUGUCCGCCCCUCUGCCAGGACCUGCCACCGUCUGCUCAUCAGCAUCGGGACCUUGGACUUCCUCUUCUGCACGCCCCUCAUGCUGCUCUUCAGCCUGACCCUCUUCCUUCGGGUCAAGUGCAGCUCCCAGCGCCUCCAAACGGGCAGGCUCUUCACUGUCAUCAUGCUCACUGUCCUCUUCUUCCUCAUUUUUGCAGUUCCUCUCAGCGUCCUGAUCCUCUUUGACUUCUUGGGCUACAAAUUUCUCUACUCCCCCGAGAUCGGCUUUGUGCUGUCCUGUGUCAACAGCAGUCUCAACCCUGUCAUUUACUUCCUAGUGGGGAGCUACAGGGACCGUAGAAUCAAGUUCAGGCUCAGGCUGGCAUUCCAGAGGGCCUUUGAAGAUUCAGCAGAUGACAAAGACGAGCGAGAAACCCGGGACACAAUGACCAUGUCCUCCCAGGACCCCACCCUGCCUAACACAGUGACACCAGUCCCGAGCUGAG